AUGAGAAAACGUGACAACGAUUUCCACAUACGUAAGCUACCCUUCUUUGGGACCCAAAUUCACCUCAGGUCUGGUGAUGUCCUCAUUAAGCUGCUGAGUAGCUUUAACCGUCGUUAG